CUACAACCGCGCGCGCAGCCUGGCUGAGAACCUUCGCGGCAUGAGCCCCGCGCUGCUGAGCCGCUUCGACCUCAUCUUCGUGCUGCUGGACCGGCCGGACGAGCUGCGCGACCAGGCGCUGAGCGAACAUGUGAUGGCGCUGCACUCGGGCAUGCCCGACCGCGCCCACGCCGCCCGGCAGCGCCUGCUGGAGUACGGCAGCAGCGGCGCGCCCGCCCCCUCCGCCUCCCGCCUCUUGCUCACCCCAGGGGCAGGAGCAGCGGGACCUGCGCCCUCCGCCUCCGCUAGCCAGCUCUCCCUAGGGGGUGCGGCGGGGAGCUACGGAGGAGG